GCUGCCCUGCCUGCCCCAGCCCUGGACCCUGGGAAGCAGUUGGAGUUUGCAGGAUCCUGGGCAAGGAAACACCGGGACGCCUCCAGGUGUGGGUGUGCUGGGCACCAGCAGCAGCACAAACAGGGACACCCUUCCCAACACCGUCCUCGCUGGCUCCGGGAUGGCUGAGCUGGAAGGACACAGUGCUGGGUGUCCCCGGGGUGACAGCAGCCCUGUCCCAUGGGAGCAGGAGCAGAGCUGGGCUCCUCUCCUGGGCUCCAACCCGGGGGACCGGAGCAGCUCCAGCUCCAUCUGCACCGAGGACUUCGCUGCCAGGUUCCAGGAGGGAAUGGUGCUGCCUGAGGAGGAGGAAGAUGAGCUCACUGGGAUUGCCCCCACUGAGGGAGCUGACCCUGGGCAGGAUGAGUCCUUGUUCCCCACAGGAAGAAGUCUGGAUGUCCGGAGACAGCUGGUGACAGAUCCAGGCAGAAAACUCUGGGAGGACAGGUCUCCAUCCCUGAUGAGGAGGGGGAGCCUGGAGUCCCUGGGAGCCAGGAUAUCCCGGCUGAGCCAGAGCCAUGUGCUGGGGGGGGUCUGGGGGGAGCCCUGCCCAGCCCCCUCUGCCCAGCCAGCCCUGGGCCAGGGGGAUCCUCCCCAGGGGGGUCCAGGCUCCAGGGAAGACCUGUUGGCCUUUGCCCUGCCUGGGCACCCCCUGAGGACUCCAGGGAUCUCUGCUGGCAGGAGCAGGGCCGGGGCAAGGACAGGCUCUGCCAGUUUGCCUGGGGCCAGCAGUGCCAGGACAAGGGGACAUCCCUCCAGCAAGGCCCUGGACCAGAGGCUGCAGGAGCCACCAGCUCUCCGGGGACAGAGCAGAGGGAAUGUCACCCUGGCUGUGGAUGACACGGAGAGGGAAGGAGCAGGCAGCAGGAACAGAGCUCCCUGCUUGGAUCACCGUGCUGAGGCAGCACCGGGAGCACCGGGAGCACCGGGAGCACUGGGAGCACUGGGAGCACUGGGAGCACUGGGAGCCCCCGGGCGAUGUGGGGCCGGGACAGGGGUGUCACCUGUGUCCUGGUGGCAGCGUGGGAAGCACAAAGUGGGGCUGCCCUGCCAGGGUGCGGUGGCACUGCCGGUGUCACUGCAGAGGAGCCGGGAGGGGACACGAGAGCCGGGAUCUGGUGCCAAGACUCGGAGUGGAGGGGACAGAGCCAGGGCUGGCCUGGCACUGCUGCCACACACCUGGGACAGCUGGCACAGGAACCCCACGGACCGGGAGAGGAUGUCUCGGCAGGGGCAGGGAGCCUGUGCCGGCUGCCGGGAGCGGCUGGGGAAGGAGGGAAGGAAAAUGUUGGCUUUGCAAGAAGAGAAACUGGAGCUACUGAAGAGGCUCCGGGAGCUGGAGCAAAGCGGCCGCUCCCUCCUGCAGCAGAGGCUGGAAACGCUGCACCAGCUCCACGGGCUGCUCCUGAGGGAGAAGGUGGACACCCUUCGGCAGCUCCAGAGGACCCUGGAGCAGGAAAGCGCUGGCAGGAGCGCCCGGCUGGAGCAUCUCCCGGGACACCCACGGGAGCCGGCGGUGUGGGGGCGGGCUGGGCACCCCCCGGCCACGGAGAUCUCCUCUCUGUGCCCGUGCCAACACCAGCCCCUCCCCAGCAGUGCCCUGGGACGGGGCCCCUCCCCGGCGGCGGGCGGCUCGUCCCCCCCGUCCCACAGCCACGCGCUCCACAUCCUGCGGGGGCUCCGGGAGCACAUCCAGCGGCGCCUCCGGGACUGGCAGAGGGUGGAGGGAGCCCUGGGACCUGCUGGACAGAGGAAGAAGAGUGAACAUCUGCACUCCACUCCCACCUUGUCCCUGUCCCCAAGCACAGCCCCCUUGGCACAGCCCUGGGUCCCCAGGGCUCCUGCACCAUCUCCAGAACCACUUGCAGGAGCUGCAGCUGGAGAAGACACAGCACGUGGGGAACCUGAGUGUUCUGGGGGGAGAGCUGGGAAGCACAGCAAGGGAAGAGGUGCAGAGACAGCCAGGGGACGCACCCUGUGCCACAACCUCAGCCCAGGGAUGGAUCCAAACAAGGAGGAGCUGCAGAGCUCCACUGAGGAUCAUGCCAAGGACAGACCUGCCUGGUGGGAACAGUCCUGCAGCAGGGCUGGGACACCAGGGCUUGUGUCUGACCUGGAGACCUCGGGCAGGUCCCACCACCACCAGCAAUCUGUGCCAUGGAAUCAGUGACACCAGGGUUGUUCAUUGAUCCUGAGGGACCUGCUGGUGGAAUGGCCAUGGAGGUCCCAGGGAACCUUCUCCUGAGGUUGCCUGGAUGAAGCACAGGGUCCUUACACUCCCCUUCCCACUCUACAGCUUCUCCUUUCCUCAGUCUCCCCUCCCCGGGACACAGCCCUGGGGUCCCUCUCACAGCAGCUGGAGGUGGCAUUUCCUUUGCUGUCCCACCACAAGGACACACAUUAGGUUGGAUAUUGGGAAAAUUUCUUCACUGAAAGGGUCAUUGAGCCCUGGCACAGCUGCCCAGGGCAGUGGUGGAAUCGCCAUCCCUGGGAGUGUUCAAAAAUGAGCAGAUGUUGAAACCGAGCAAGGGCUCUGAGAUGCUGGAAUUCUGUUCUGGGGAGAUGUUACAGCCCCUCACUCUGAGGAUACAACAUUAAUGUUAAGGGACAAGUGGUGCCCUGUUCCAGAGCUCUGCCUGUGUAUGUUCUGUACUAAUGAAAAGAGAACAGAAAGGUCAACUCAGUAGUCAUGAAUUAGAUAGAAUGGACAUCCAGGGAGACAGACGAGCUGCAUCAGGGGGAUUUUCCCAAGCUCCCAGCACGUAGUCAGGAAAAGUUGAAAAGUUCGUGACAAAGAAGAGUAGAAGAGACGACCCUCCUGAGGCCGAAGAACAGGAACAACCCCCAGAAAACUCCCCAAAAGAACGACUCCACCUCAAGCUCCACCUAAACUCUGGCUAUUAUGACUAUGAUAAUUAGACUGUGAAAUUAGAUGAACAUGCAAAGAUGUUGUAAUCACUCAUGAAAACUGUAUAAAUUACUUGACUUUUCACUGAGAACUUUGGAGCUGGUUUGUGCAGCAAGAGCUGCCCAGCCCCCCAGCAUUGCUCAAAAUAAAUACCUUUGCUGCUUAAAGACCCAAAA